CACUACAGAGCUCAGUCAGUUUGACGCGAGCUUAUAUAAACCACUGAUUCGAAACAGGUUAAGAUUUGUACCAACGUUUUGAUCGCGGUCAACAACUGUCAUACAGUAUCUCCACACUUCACAGGUAAAUUUGCGGCAAUGUUGAAAGCGGUAACCAUGUCUCUGUGGUUAAAAUCUGUUGCUGGUAUAAGAAUGAUGUCCCACCACAGCCCCCUAUCAGGAAAGGUUGCUAUUGUAACUGGAUCAACCGAUGGGAUUGGGCUUGCGGCUGCAGAGGCCUUGGGUCAGAGAGGAGCACAUGUUGUUGUGAGCAGUCGACAACAGACCAACGUCGACAAGGCUGUAUCAAUUUUGAGCAGUAAAAAUAUAAAAGUAACAGGAACCACAUGUGAUGUAGGAAACGCAGAAGACAGAGAGAAGCUCAUUAACAUGACAGUUGAGCAGUGUGGUGGUGUGGACAUCCUGGUGGCUAAUGCAGCAAUGAUCCAAUUUAUUGGGAACAUAUUAGACUCCACAGAGGAUGUCUGGGACAAAAUAUUCGGAGUGAAUGUAAAAAGUCAAUUUCUACUGACCAAACUAGUCGUUCCUUACAUGGAGAAAAGAGGAGGUGGGUCAGUUGUGUUUGUGUCUUCAGUAGCAGGGUACAUGCCAAUACAAGGCCUGGGCCUUUACAGUGUGAGUAAGACCGCUCUGAUUGGUUUAACUCGAGCACUUGCUCCUGAUCUUGCCCACAGUAAUAUCCGGGUGAACUCUGUUGCCCCUGGCCUCAUCAAGACACCUUUCAGCUCUAUGCUGUGGGGGAAUGAAAAUGUGCUGGAAGAUUUCCUGAAGAAGAUAAGCAUGAAAAGGUCUUUACAUUUACUAACUUUAAGACAUGAAUGAAAAGUACAUUCGUAUAU